AUGGCGGCGGCAGGCCGUGUGCAAAGCCUGCACCAGGCGGCGGGCGCAGGAGCGCCAGCCACUCGGCGGCUGAUCCCUCGAGAGCCCGCCCCUCCCCGCGAGAGACCCUUAGAAGGCAGCCCCGCCCUCCACCUGGCUCUGUCUGUGAAGGUCUCAGAAGACAUUCCAGAGGAGGUGGCAUUUAACUUGAGCCAUGGAAUAGAAGUUGGCCAGGAGGGUGAAGGAGUGAGAGGAUAUUCGAGGCAGAGGCCAGCGCCUGUGGAUGGCCUGGAGGUAGGCACACGAGAGCACCCGUUUGGAGAUCUGUAA